AUGAAUAAUGAGCUAAGGAAAGCAGCUAUUAUGUUCCUACGAAAUGCCGUUGGACGUAUACUGGCCGAUCGUGAUAUUAAGAAGAAGGAACAUGCUCAAUUACGAAAAGCAUGCGAACAAGCAAUUGAAGAACUCGGUACCGAUAAGACAGAUGAAAGCCAUGGUAUCACGACGAACGUGCUACCAUCAAAAGCUCAAUUUAUAAAUGCUGAUCGGUACUUUCUGCCCUUUGACCUUGCUUGCCAUUCCAAAUCUCCACGAAUCGUUAUUAUCUCCCUUGAUUGCUUGCAGAAAUUAAUUGCAUACGGUCAUUUGGUGGGUAAUGGAAUUGAUGUGGCAAAUCCAGAUCGUCUUCUAAUUGAUCGUAUUGUCGAAGCCAUAUGUUCACCUUUCUAUGGUCCAAAUACGGAUGAAGGAGUUCAAUUGCAAAUUUUGAAGGCAAUAUUAGCUGUUGUACUCGCACCAACAUGUGAAGUACAUAGAGGUACGCUCCUUUUGGCAGUUAGAACAUGUUUUAAUAUUUAUUUAGCUAGCCGAAGUCCAAUCAACCAGUCGACUGCAAAAGCUUCUUUAACACAGGUAAUUAAUACAGUUUUUGGAAGUGCAUUGAAUGCCGAAGACGUAGCUUCAUCGCCACACCAAAAUGAUGAAAAUGUUGUGCGAGCAGUUGUAAAUUAUUUGGUAGGACAAGUAUCAGCACAUACGGAUUCAGUAUCAAACUACAGUAGUCAUCACGGUUCGACUUUUAAUUCCGUAAUAACUGAAGUGUCAAUAUCAUCAUCGCUUACGUUGAACCCAGUAUCAACAGUAGAAUCCAGUGAAAAUGUCGGCGAAGAUGUACCAUCCGUACAUUUACAUUUUCGAACUGUGCAAGAAGAGGAUGCAUUUCUUUUGUUCCGAGCACUUUGUAGGCUUUCAAUCAAACCGAUUCCUGAACGAGCUGAUCCAAACAGUCACGAAUUACGUUCAAAAGAAUUAUCGUUGGAAAUGUUGCUGCUGAUUGUACAGAAUCCUUCAUCCUUGAUACAUUCCUCACAGCCUUUUGUACUUGCAUUACGACAUUUAUUAUGCGUUUCACUUUCACGGAACGGGGUUUCUCCAGUUGUCAGUGUUUUCGAAAAAUCAUUGGCCAUAUUUGUACAAUUAGUCAAUAAAUUCAAAAUGCAUUUGAAGGUGCAAAUUGAGGUUUUCUUCAAGGAAAUAAUAUUCUCAAUAUUGGAAAGUAGCUCCAGCUCAUUUGAGCAUAAAUGGAUUGUAAUCAAUACAUUGGAGAAAAUUUGUGAAGAUCCACAAAGUAUGGUCGAUAUUUACGUGAAUUAUGAUUGCGACCUUACGGCAACUAACAUAUUCGAACGUAUCAUUGAUGGUUUAUUCAAAGUUGCACAGGGAGGAUCCAUAUCCGAUUACGGAAGUUCAGCUGCUGUAUUACAAAAACAACGCGAACGAUCCAUGCGAAUUCUGGGAUUAGAAUGUUUAGUUGAGUGCUUGCAAUGUAUGGUUGAUUGGUUUGAUGAUAUUAGCUCAAGUCGACCUGUUUCUGAUGAUACGGAAAUUAUGGAUGCAUCAUCGGCUGAAGCGGCGAUGCCACAAACUUCAACUGUGCAUCAGUUUGAGCAGCUGAAGCAAAAGAAGGAAACAAUGGAACAUGGAAUUCAUCUAUUCGCUCGAAAAACUAAUCAAGGUUUGAAGUUUUUGCAAGAAAGACAUUUAAUAGGUACCAAGCCGGAAGACAUUGCUGCAUUCUUUCACAAUGAAGAUCGAUUGGAUAAGACUAUUGUUGGUGAUUAUCUUGGAGAUGGUGAUGACUUCAACAAACGAGUGAUGUAUGCUUAUGUGGACCAAAUGGAUUUUUCUAAUCUAGAUUUCGUUACUGCUCUACGUCUAUUCUUAGAUGGAUUUCGCCUUCCUGGUGAAGCCCAAAAAAUUGACCGAUUAAUGGAAAAAUUCGCAUCACGAUAUUAUGAAUGUAAUCCAAACCUUGGUCUUUUCGCCUCUGCCGAUACAGCAUAUGUUCUCGCGUACUCAAUCAUCAUGCUAACAACUGAUUUGCACAGCCCACAGGUACGAAAUAAGAUGACAAAAGAGCAAUAUAUAGCAAUGAACAGAGGAAUAAAUGAUCAAUCUGAUCUACCACAGGAAUACCUCUCCGAUAUAUACGACGAAAUUGCGGGACGUGAGAUUAAGAUGAAACCAGGACUCAAUAAAUUACCAAAACAGAGUGCAAUGGCGACUUCAGAACGACAACGCAAAUUACUGCAAGAUGUUGAAUUAGCUGCUAUGGCUCAAACGGCGCGAGCAUUGAUGGAAGCCGCAUCACAUUAUGAAGCUGCAUUUACAUCUGCUUCGCACUGCGAACAUGUUAGGCCAAUGUUUAAGAUCGCUUGGACUCCUUGCCUAGCAGCCUUCAGUAUUGGAUUACAAACUUCAGAAGAUGAAAGUGUCAUAUUUUGGUGUUUGCAAGGAUUUCGUCUUGGUAUCAAAAUCGCCUGCAUAUUUCGUUUAAUUUUGGAACGAAAUGCUUUUAUACAGGCACUAGCAAGAUUUACAUUAUUGACUGCGAAAAAUUCCAUGGUGGAAAUGAAAUCGAAGAACAUCGAGUCAAUAAAAUUAUUAUUAACUGUUGGUGAAGAAGAUGGAAAUUGUCUGGAUGAAUCCUGGAUUGAUGUGCUCAAGUGCAUUUCACAGUUGGAAUUGGCACAAAUGAUUGGCACUGGUGUUAAAACUUCUAAUAAUCCAGUUGUUAACGGUUCUUCAGUUCAAUAUGGGCUGAAAAGUACGGCUCACGUGGAUGAACGGAUGUUGCAAGAAUGCUUGGGUGAAACUACCUCGCAGAGUGUUGUCGUUGCUGUCGAUAGGAUAUUUCAAGGAUCGUCAAGAUUGGAUGGUGAUGCUGUUGUACAUUUUGUGCGAGCUUUAUGUGAAGUUUCGAAGGAGGAAUUAUCAGCGGGUGGUAAUCCACGAAUGUUUAUGUUACAGAAAAUAGUUGAAAUAUCUUUCUAUAAUAUGAAUCGUAUCCGUUUGCAGUGGUCUAGAAUAUGGACUAUUCUAGGAGAGCAUUUUAACAAGGCAGGCUGUAAUGCAAAUGAAAAUAUAUCACAUUUUGCUGUUGAUGCUCUACGGCAGUUAUCGAUGAAAUUUCUGGAACGAGGAGAAUUGCCGAAUUUCCGUUUCCAAAAGGAUUUUUUAAGACCAUUUGAGAUUAUUAUGAACAGGAACAGAGCAUUCCAAUCCCGGGAAUUGGUUGUCGAAUGUAUCAGUCAUAUGGUAAACACACAUUAUAACAAAAUAAUAUCCGGCUGGAAAAACGUUUUUUCCGUUUUUACGAUGGCAGCUAGUCUAAGCGAUGAAGGAAUCGUUGAAAGUGCAUUUACUACGACCAGUUUUAUAAUUACUACGGUAUUUGCUGCAGAAUUUGGCAAUGCAUUGGAUUCAUUUCAAGAUGCCAUCAAAUGUUUGUCAGAAUUCGCGUGUAAUACAGGUUUUCCGGAUAUAUCCAUGGAAGCGAUUCGGCUAAUACGACUUUGUGCAGCUUAUGUUUCAAGCAAUCAACAUCAGUUCAUAGAGCAUCAAUGGGAGGAUAGCGCAAAUUUGCAAGAUGCCCAACGGAUUUUCUUACGUGGAUGGUUUCCAAUCAUGUUUGAAUUGUCGUGUAUUAUUGGAAGAUGUAAAUUGGACGUCAGAACAAGAAGUUUGACUGUGAUGUUCGAAAUUAUGAAAACUUUCGGGACAGAAUUCAAGAAUGAAUGGUGGAAAGAUUUGUUCCAAGUUGCUUUUCGAAUCUUCGAUGUCAUGAAAUUGGCUGAGGAGCAAAAUGAGAAACGAGAGUGGAUGCGAACAACAUGCAACCAUGCUCUUUAUGCCGUUGUUGACGUCUUCACUCAAUAUUAUCCAGUUUUAUCAACAAUUUUAUUAACCAAUAUUUACGAACAGUUAUACUGGUGCGCACAACAAGAAAAUGAACAGUUGGCUCGUUCAGCAAUUAAUUGCCUAGAAAGUUUGCUUCUUCUCAAUGGUUCCAAAUUUACAGUUCAAAUGUGGAAUGAAACGAUUAUCUUAAUCGCUAAUAUUUUUAAUAUAAUACUUCCUCAUUCGCUGCUUACAUGGGAACCGGAAGAUGUUUUAAAUACGUAUAUCGUACCAAAUGGUGAAGAUUACCAAGCGCAUAAUGAUGGUACUUAUCAAAGAGUAUUUAGUUCAAGCAGCAGUGAUGCACUGUUUACAACGUUGCUAGUUCGAUGUGUUGUGCAACUGGAAUUGGUCGAUGCUGUAAGUAGUAUUAUAUUUGGGCAGGAAUCUACGAAAAAGAAUGAAAUGAGCACAAAAGCUAUUUCAUCUACAAAAGCAAAAAUGGAAUCAGAGGGUAAACCUGUUGAACAGAAACUGGCAAAUGGAAAUCUUAAACAUGACGUUGUUGAUAAUAUGGAGAACGGGACUUUAGAGAUAAUGGAUGAAGGCCUCUAUAAAUAUAUUGAAGUGGAUCAUCUCAUGCGACUAGUUGAAUGCCUUCUCGAUUCUCAUAUUCUUGCUCAAAAAUUUAAUGGCAACAAUGCUCAACGUACAUUAUUGUGGAAAGCCGGUUUUAAAGGUCGAAGUAAACCGAAUCUUUUGAGACAAGAAACACGUAGCGUACGAACUGCCCUUAACAUACUGUAUAGAUUAUAUACUGAUGUUGGAAGAACAUCAGUGCAGCAGAAAACUGAUAUCAAAAUGAAAUUGUUAAGGGUGGUAGAAAAUGCACUCGAUUACUAUUCAGAAUUAAAAUCCGAGCAACAUCGACAAGCCUGGGUCCCAGUAGUACAUUUACUGCUAGAAAAAACGGAUGAAUUUUCUUCGACGCAGCUCAUCGAUCUUGGUCAAGACUAUGCAUUGAAUAUGUGUCGUUUAGUGGAGUGCGAAAUGCGUGAGGAUUUAAGGAUUAUCCUGAGUCGGGUUAUCAGAAAAACGAUAAGUAUAAAUUAUGCUACAGUAUAA